GACACUCAAUUUCUUCACCAAUCUCAAACAUAAACAACACUCAAUCUAAUUUCAAGGCUAAUAAAAAUGGCUAGUAGAAACUCUCUUGCCAUUUUCCUUGCCUUGAACAUACUCUUUUUCGCCCUAACUGAAGCCGCCCGCUCUGGUUGUCCACCAGGGCCAUACAAACCCAAGCCUACCCCUACUGCUCCAGCAAUCCAGACAUGCCCAAAAGAUACCGUAAAGCUUGGUGUUUGUGUGAACGCGCUUAACUUAUUGAAUGUCACAUUAGGUGCUCCUCCAGUUAAGCCGUGUUGCAGCCUCAUUGCCGGUUUGGUCGAUCUAGAAGCUGCAGUUUGUCUUUGCACCGCGCUUAAAGCUAGCAUUCUCGGCAUCAACAUUAACCUUCCAAUCAACCUUAGCUUGCUUCUCAACGUUUGCAGCAGAAAGGCUCCUCGUGGCUUCCAAUGCCCUUAAUUUCUCAAACAUGUCAAAAUAUUCCAAAAAUCUGAAUUUGUUAUGUUUCAAAUUUGGUCGAACUUUAAUUUGUGUUCCUGUAUUUUUUUCUUCUCUUAUUUGAAUUGGUGGAUGAGGAUAAGAAGAUCCUCAUCAACUAAAAAAUGAGUCUGUUUUGUAAUUUAUUUCAAUUGUUUGAUGAAUAAGAUAACACUUUUCGGUGUUA